CAGUCGACUAAAGCAGCUUCGACUUCGAGUAAGAACCGCAUCUAACAAUCAAUCGUGCACCAUGGUUUCAUCCAAAACUCUCCAAUUCCUCUGCGUCCUUGCGGCAGUCCUAUUCAUGACAAUCAACUGCUGUAAUGGCAUGGCACUCAAGAAAGAUAUCAAAGAGAAGUCAUCCGACUUUAAGCAAGAUCUAGAGCGAAAGUUCAACCAGACUGUGGAAAAAGUGGUGGAAACUAAAUCGUUUCUGAUGAACGCGGUCGUUUUUUCAAUUAACAAGACUGCAGAUGUCCUACUGGCAACCAAACAACAUUUUAAGGAGACUAAAGACUCUCUUAAGAACAAAAUGUCAGGAUCUGUCAGCAAAACGGCACAGAAAUUGGAGGAAUUGAAGGAAGAGAUUCACGGACAUAAACGAGCCAAGACAGCCACCAGUCAGGCGGGACAAAUUGUUUUCGUAUCCAGAGAUUUCCUCGUCGCUCCUGUGUUUCCUAUCAACGAAUUUCCCACCAUUCCUUUCGAACCUUCUACGACCCCGACCAAGUCUGUACCGUUCGACAUUUCAAAUCCUGUUUUAUCUAGUGCGUCUUCAUAAUUUCAAAUGCCUAACUUAAAGACAAAUUUUGCAAUUGUCUGAUUCAUUUAUAAGUAUGCAUACCGGGAUAGUUCACAAUAUACUUGACUUACAACCUA